AUGUGCUCAAAGUGCUUCAAGGAGGUCAGCCAGAAGAACAAUAAUACUGCUGCCGCCAGCAUAGUAGUGCAGCAGCAACCACAACCAUCACAACCUCUCGUCCAUCUCACACCCUCACCGGCAGUACCAUCAUCAUCUCAAGCACCGGACUGCCCCGCUCCAGGUGAGCGGCCAGUUCAGGCCAACAAGGGACGAUGCUUCAUGUGUCGAGCAAAGAUCCCACUCGCGAAGCAGGCUAUCAACAAGUGUCGAUGUGAAUAUGUGUUCUGCGACACACACAAGGGAAUCGACAAGCACGAUUGCGACUUUGAUUAUGCCAGCAUGGGCAAGGAGUUGCUGACCAAGGCGAACCCCAAGUUGAACGACAAGCCCCGGGGCGGCCGUAGCUUUACUCGCAUGGACUAA